AUGACUGGCACAUCAUUCCGCUCCCUAGCGAGCAUAAUAGCCGUUCUUUCCGCCACAUCGCCACUAGCCGUCUUGGCUGUUCCCCAAGCUGUAUCCUUGCCGGAAGUGACAAGCAAUAGCAAUAUUGCCAGUCCCACAACAGCAGCGCCGGCCAUCACCACAGUCCCGCCAAACGUUGGCCUGGCCUUCACCGAGACCAACAACAACAACGGCGGCGGCGGCGGCGGCGAGAACCUAAUCUACCCCGCCCAGCUCUCCUCUCACGCCAACAAAGGCGCCCUCAACAUUGCAGCAGUGACCCAGAACGUCGUCCUCGCCGCCGCCAUGGCUCAGCCGCCCCAGUACCUGACCAUCAAGAUCAUCAACCGGCACCCGCAGCCCUUGUCCAAGACGCACGCGCGCAACUGGGACAGCCCCACUGCGGUCGCGGGGGACAUGAACCCGGGGAUCAUCGGGACCAAGACCAAGACGAGGUUCGUCGUCCCCACGGGGUGGGCGGGCAUGGUCGCGCUGGGGGAGGCGAGGUACGGCACCCCACAGGAUGCCAGUCUCAUCGAGGCGAGUUUCGUGCGGUGGGACUUUCUAGGGAUGGCGGUCGCUGCUGUUGAUGUCAGCUAUGUUGACGCCUUCACAGUACCAAUUGUGUGCAAAUGCUCGAAGAAGGUGGUCACGGGAUGUAACAAGCCUCUAUUUGGCCUUAGUUCGUGCCCUAACAUGUCCGACUACGGCGCAUGCUUGAACCCCACACGCCCGUUUCCUGACGGCACCACGGCGUCGCCCUUCUUCGCGCCGUGCCGGGCCGCCGCGUACACGUUUGCCAAGGACGACCUGGCCACGUCGUGCGGCGACUGCCAGUCUGGCAAGAUCAAGUGCUGCGUUGGCAAGAAGUGCGCGCCGAACCCGAGGCAGCCGGCCAGGAGAGAUCCGACUAAUGCUGAGGAGGAGGAGGUGGUGGUAGAAGAUGAAGAAGAGGAGGACGGGGAUGAUGAGUUCGAUGAUGGUUGGGAGGAUGAAUAUGAUGUCGACGACGAUGACGACGACGACGAUGAUUAUGAUGAUAUUGACGGGGAUCGAAUCGAGGUUGAGAAGAGAGACAAGGGCAAAUUUGACAAAGACAAGGCAGGUUAUCUACUGAUACGGGAGCCUUACAACAUUAUCGUACCCUCCAACAUGCAAGCCAAACUAUUCAAGAUCCUUGCUUUUGCCGCCGCGUUUUCGACGGUGCAGUCAGCCCCAGUAGAGACUGCUGGGGACCAGGUCACCCAGGUGCAGGUCAACGGAACCCAAAUUAAUGAGACUCAUGUCAACGAGGCUCAUGUCGACGAGGCUCGCGUCGAUGAUGUGGCUCGUCUCUUCUCAGGCCCCGCAGCAGAUCUGCAAUAG